GUUGACAUUAACAAAUAUAGAACAAGAUUAAUUCGUAAUUGUUUGUCGCCUCUUUCCUGCGCAUGCUUUGUCGAUAAAUUUCCCAAAAACGGGCUAUGAUUAGAUAUUCAUUAAUGUGAUGAUAUCAAUAACCCUGCAAAGUUUUAAUUCAAUCCAACACCAGACAUCGGAUAAAGAUAUCCAAUGAGACUAGAUGGGGAACGAUUUAUACUAUUUCCGAAACCCAAAACAAACCUGGAUAAAUGUAUGAGGUGGAUAAAAGCAUGCGGCAGACCACACGAACAGCUUAAUGUAGACCGGAUUAACAAACACAAAGCCGUCUGCUCAAAGCACUUUGUUGGAGGAAAUGGACCAACUGCCAUGUACCCUGACCCUAUACAAGCUGAUGGUUCAUCGAGCACGCCUGCCAGACAUAGGCCAAGGAUCAGAGAGACAACUGCAUGGUUGAACAAAAGAAAAAGAAAAAUCCCUCUGGAAGAAAACACCGAAAUUUAUAAUGUGGAACCUGUACAUAAUACAGAAGAAGUCACUGCAUUUUGUGACCAGGCCACACAGACUGAUUCUCAAUGGGUGUCGUCUAUGGAUGUUCUGGUCCUGUCAGCAGAAAUACAUCAACUUCGGUCAACUGUAGAGUCACAGGAAAGAACAAUUGAGGAAUUGAAAAAUCAGCAACAACAGUCAGCAUCUUUUGGAAUCCAGGAAGUUCAAGCCAAGGAGGAUAAAUUCAAUGGACUCGUGAAAUAUUACACUGGAAUUACAUAUUCAUCUUUCAUGGCUCUUUUGAACUUUCUAGUGCCCUCGGGAUCUUGUGUUAAUUAUGAGAAAGGACGUGUUGAUAUCAAAAAAAUAUCAAAUGAGGAUGGACUAUUUUUGACCUUAUGUCGACUCCGUCAUGAUUUCGGAUUGAAGGACCUUGCUAUAAGAUUUGGGCUCACACUACAAUCAACCGGAGUGGUUUUUAAUACAUGGAUAGACCACAUGUACUUCAAGUUGGGACAACUGUCAAUAUGGCCAUAUCGGGACACAAUUAUCGAGAACAUGCCAAUUGAUUACAGAAAAGAUUUCCCAACAUCUCUUGUAAUCAUUGAUGGUACAGAAUUAAAAACACAAACACCAUGUGCACUUGGACUUCAAAGUCAAUUUUAUAGUGACUAUAAAUCAAGUACUACAUUGAAAUGUCUCAUUGGUUGUGACCCUAGUGGAUCAGUGAUAUUUGUUUCAGAACUAUAUUCUGGCUCUAUCUCGGACAAGACAAUAACAGAGGAAAGUGGCUUCUAUAAGACAUUAAAAAACCUCAAAGCUCACGGGUAUUUAAACGAUGGUGAUGCUGUAAUGGCUGACAAAGGCUUUACUAUUGGUGAGGAACUUGGACAGCUAGGGUUAGUUCUCAACAUUCCCCCCUUUGCAAAAUCUGGAAGUCAGAUGUCACCUGCGGAUGUUAAGAAGACCCAGAAAAUUGCCAAAUACCGGAUUCAUAUUGAAAGAGUGAUAUUCAAGAUUAAAAACUUUCGCAUUGUGUCCCAUACCAUACCAGUGACAUUGUUUUCACAAAUAAACAAAAUCUGGUGCGUCUGUUGA